AUGUUUUGCUCUGGAGACAGGGAGAAAGGGCCCGUGGCCUUGGAGGAACAGUGGGACUACAUUAACCUCGAUGACUUCAAAUCAGAGUCCUGUCUAUCGCCGUUCUCAUACUUCUUUCUCUACGUCUUCCUUAUCAUCUCGAUAGCCGUCUACGGAGUCGACACUUUUACCGCCGUCAAUCUUCUUGCCUUUUCCCGAUGGGCGGGCCAAAUCGAGCCUGCAAUUCCUUUUAAAAUAUCGCGAUGGAUCUUCGCCGUUUGUAUCAUCAUCUCUUUCGCCCUCUUGAUCUACCGAUGGAUGCGCGCCAUUCGUGCGAUUCGCUCCGGGAGUAUCGCUCAGAGCUACCUCGACUCUCUCGCUGUGCGCGUCCAAAGUAUCCGAAUGGGAAGCAAUGGUCGCGGGUGGAGGCGAUUCCUCGUGUUCGGCGAGCUCACCAAAAGUAAGAAGGGCGCUGAAUACGUUGCCCUCUUCGCAUACUUUGCUUUUGAAUCUUGGCUGAGCACCCUUUUUGCCGACGGCCCACGACAAGUCGUUAACGCCAUCACCCUAUACUCAGUGAUGCAGAUGGACCUUCUUCCUGGAGGCAGCAACACCACCGACGAGGGCGGGUCCACAGCCUCGCAAUUAUUUUACAACAUCAAGAUGCUGGCGGAGGAUAACACUGAACGUGCUGUCGUCCUGAUCGGUAUGCUAUUUACCUUGGUCAUUUGGGUCUUGUCAAUGCUCAAAUUGAUCUUGGCUAUCGUACUCUACCUUAUCUUUCUUUUCCACCAUAUCCCCUCCGAGGAUGGGUCAUUGAAGGCAUAUUGCAAACGGAAGAUCAACACUCGGCUCACCCGUAUUGUCCGGAGGAAGGUCAACAAAGCCUUGGCUAAAGGCGUGGCCUUGCAAGAUCGGAAACCUACCAAUCCAAACAUGGGUCUAGACAAACGGCCGACUUUGCCCUCACUCGGAGCCGGUGAUGACGAUAAGACACCUAUUGUCACCACGAUCUCGCGCACUACGACGCAAACUACUCUCCCGGCUUACUCUUCUCGUCCUGGGACAGCUGCUCCGGAUCGCAAGCCUACCUUGCCAGAUGUUGGCGCAUUCCAUGAUAAGCCUGCUUUGAGCCGAACCAUGACUGAAUCUUCAGCAUAUUCUGAUGCGGCUUCGUUGUCUGGAAGCACUGCUGUCUCAGGAUACAGCCCACUGGAUCGGCACGGUACGCCGGCGCCACCAGUGCCACCAGUGCCACCACUCCCGAAGCAAGGGCCUGCCCCGAUGCCACGCUCACAAACCCCAAGGAUGCCACAACAUUUCAACCAAGCGCCUCCACUAGCGGGAUACAAUAGUCCAAUGGAGCGGUCAUCACCGGCGCCAUCUAUGCCGCGUACCCAGACACCAAUGUCGCGUUCAGACUUCACACCAGCGCCUCGUCUGCCCGGUCAGCAGCCGGGACCUGUACCGCGUUUGCAGACUCCAGUAUCACGGCAAGGGUUUACGCCCACACCUUCGGCGCCUGGAUAUGGGCCGACUGACAGAGCGUCGCCAGCGCCACAAAUGCCACGAACACAAACACCUGUCUCAAACUACACCCCAGGCCCAGGUUACAGCCAGAUUGAUCACGCCUCGCCGGCACCGCAAAUUCUGCGCAACCAAACACCCGUGUCGCGUUCCAAUUUUACACCAGCUCCUGGGUAUGGGCCAACGGUCCCCGAAUCACGAGGUCCUAGCGAAGGCUACGGGCCAUUUGAAACAUAUCAGCCUCAUUACGAUUCUUAUGGCCCUCCAUCUAGCACUCCUUUCCGUUCAUACAGUCCGGCAAUUGAUCCAAACACUCGUUCUUUGACUCCAGCGUCUGCCUUCCCUGGUGAUAGAGCAGCACCCCGAACAUUCUCACCUUUCAGCCAGCAUGGCGCAGCCCCUUAUCCAGCUCAAGAAAACGAAUACCCGCUGCGAUCGUUCAGUCCAGCUACUUCUAAUGGUCUUCACUCUCACCAAGCCGCUGGCCCGGCCGACGCCAUGGGUAGGACGUUGUCACCAGUCAGUUCAGCCAAUGGGGACGGCUAUGUGGCGUUCAGUCCGGCAACCAAUGCUUCGCCCUCGCCUUUUGCUAGUCACGCUAUUUCGGCACACGAUGAAUCCAGCCAUGAGCAUCGUGAACCUCAGGACUAUGAUAUGCCGCACAGCUCCUAUAACUCACAUGAAGAGCCUGAGAGUGGUUAUGUGGCGUUCAGUCCUGCAGCCAAUGUGUCAACCUCGCCCUUUGCUAGUGACGCGAUUUCGGCACACGAUGAAUCUAGCCAUGAGCAUCCGGAGCCUCUGGACCAUGACAGGCCACAUGACUCAUAUAGCUCACAUGAAGAGCGCGAGACUGGCUAUGUUGCAUUCAACCCUGCUGCUAAAUCACCCGUGUCCUCCGACUUCAACCAUUUCUCUCCAUUCGAAGAUCAUGAUGAGCCGCAUAUCGCCCAUGAGUCCACAGUGAGAUCAAACUCGGAGUCUCACGAAAGGUCGCAGCCACAUGACAAUUAUGUUGCUUAUAAUCCUUCCGCUGGAAAUGAGUCCCCUCUGGAGGGACAUGCUGAGAACCAUGAGGACCAUACCGAAAUGCAUACCGAUGCUGACGUCAACUUGGGCAGACACCGUGUGUCGAAUGAUUCGCAUGAUGUGCUACAGUCUCAUUACAAUCAUGAUGAUCCUACCACCUCGUCCAGAAAGUCAUCCGAGUCCAAGGCUUCUCUUUCUUCGCAAGGACACCACGAACAAUCGAGUGCAGAGCAGAUGCAUGGAUUAGAGGUCAGGCCUGUUUCGCCGCUGAGCUUUGGCGAAUUAACGCAUGCCAACGAUGGCUAUGCAGCUUUCAAUCCCUCAGUCAGCUCGCCUGCGCGAACAGAGACCGAACGCAGACCUUCAAAUGACCACAACCAAACGAGUGCAACUGUCAAAAACCCAUUCGAGAGUUCCGACCACGAAGAGAAGAGGCACUCAGAAGGGUAUGUGGCCUUUAGUCCUUCCGUGAGGUCACCGGCUACACCCACACUACCAAACAUCGCGCCAUAUGAACGCAAUGGUCAAUCACCUGCAAGGACAAUGUCCCCUCAAGGCGAGACUUCGCACGUGAAGCCAUAUCGGCCGGAUUACUUUUAG